AUGACCCAGAAAACUCUUGUAUUCGUUACUGGCGCGUCGGGAUUUCUUGGCUCAGUUGUAGUUCAUGAGCUGCUUCAAGCCGGCUAUGCAGUUCGAGCGUCGGCUCGAGGAGCCAAGGUUCCCCUUCUCCAGCAGGCCUUUGCUCAAUACCCGCAAUUUGAAGCCGUCGAAAUUGCCGACCUCAGGACCGCGGAUUACACUGAAGCUUUUCAGGGAGUGAAUGCUAUUAUCCACACAGCAGCUCCCGUCGCUGGUCGGGUUGGUUUUGACAGCGAACUGGCUUUUAACAGUGCUAUUGAUGGAUCGCUUCGUAUACUCCGCGACGCAAGUAAGGCUGGAAUCAAGAAGGUCGUUGUAACUGGGUCGAUAGUCACGUUUCCUAACGGCUCGUAUGGCUCUAAUGAUUGGGUUGGCGUGACGAAGGAGGAGGCCGUCAAGGGUAGCCUGUUCGAUAUCUACAUUGCAGAGAAGAAGUUUGGGGAGCAAGCAGUCCUCGAAUAUGCCGAGCAGAAUCCUGACAUGGACAUCACUAUUUUCUGCCCCACUUGGAUCUUUGGGCCUCUUUCACCUGGCUUCGAGUCCAUCGUGCCUUCUCCUGAAGGUGCUUUUGCAGCCUUUUCCACCAACGGUUUUGUCUACCAACUGCUCCGCUCGGAUAACAAAAACUACCAUUACUUUCCUGGCUCCAUUGAUGUGCGAGAUGUGGCACGUAUUCACAUCACUGGCCUCACCGCACCCACUCCGAAUGGCUCUCGUCCCCGUCGGGUUCCAAUCGUCUCCCCAUACCAGACCGACUUUCGCGAAGCCAUACACAUUAUUCACGACGAACGACCUCAGCUGAGGGAGCGUCUUGCCCAUCCAGAUACAGUACCUCGUUGGACAACGUACAAAUGCGAUGUGGACUUGGACGCGCUCGAGAAAUACUUUGGCUAUCCGCUAUCUGCGUUCAAAACCUGGCGUGAGACGAUUCUUGACGGAGUAGAUCGGUUCAUCGAAAUAGAGAACUAUUGGAAGGGCAAGGGAUUUGAGUUCGAGGUGCCUGUUGAACCGCCGGUGUAA